AAUAAUUUUUUUUAAAAUAUAUACUUAAAUAAAGAAUAUUAUAAACAUGUUUAAAAUAGUUUUAAAUACUAUAGUUUGUUUCAUUUUUUUCUCAACCAUCAAUGCUGCAAAUGUUUUGCCUCAAGAUAUGCAGAAAUGUGCUAAUAGUGAUGAAAGCUGUUUAACGAAAACAGGUCAAAUGAUCGUUACAAAUUAUGCCAAAUCUGGAUUACGAGAACUGAACUUAACUCCCUUUGACCCUUUACACAUCAAAAGUAUGGUUUUGGAAAAAAAUCCUGCAAGUCCUGUGAAUAUUGAACUAAGUUUUAAUGACGUCAAUUUGAAUGGAUUACAAAAUUUAAAAAUCAAAAAACUAAAGUGA